AACAGUUUGAACCAUCAUGAUGCAUUCAAAUCCAAACAGAUGAAAAAUUGAACGUUCAUAGAGUGGAUUAGUUUAUACUAAACCGUACUGUUGUGCUAUACAUUUCCACAAUAGAGCCAUGCGGUGCUUUUCAGAUAAUGACCAAAAAUGUAAACAAACUAUAUAGUUGACACUUUUAACAACUUUUAUUGCUAUAUAUUUUUUUAAUGAGUUUUACAUGUAAGUCAAGUCAGAUGAUCACUUCCUGCAGGUUCUGAUAACUUGAUAAUAAUAUUCAAUGAUUAUUGAAUCAGCUGUUUGGGAAUAAAAAAUAGUUUGUGUAUUUCGCUCCAAGAAAGCGCUGCUAAUUUUAGGAAGCAGAUGACUUUAGAAGAGGAAUUGAUGCAAUGAAGAGAAAAAAAUUUAUUUUUAACUAAAAAGAGCAAUAUCCUGAAUAGAUAUACAUGAAAAGCAGUGCCCAAAGAUAUUUUUGCUGUCAGAAUUUCAGUUGCAGUAUAUUCCUACACACUCAAAAAUUAAUGAAUAGAGGAUGGAGAUUUCUGUCAAAGAAAAUGAGGCUCACUUUAUUCGGGAUGCGUGGAAUAAGGAAACCAGUGUUGGUACAAAUGUACAAACUCCAGAAUUAUUUACUAACGAACAAUUCACGUGUGAUGUCUCUGGUAAGAUAAUUUCACCAGAAGGACCAUUUAAUAAGCAUUAUUGUACUCAUAACAAUGAUAAACUGUUUUCUUCUAAUGUAUUCCAUAAAGAAAUUUCUGACAAAUACCAUCCAAAUGGGCAUGAUCCGAUUCAUGCCAAUGAAAAACUCUAUUCUUGUGAUGUAUGCAGUCAAGAAUUUUCCGAAAACGCGGAUUUGAGUGAGCAUUCUUGUUUUCCUAAACAUGAAACACGAUAUUCCUGUGAUGUUUGUGGCAAAGAAUUUUCUAAGAAAGGUAAUUUAAUUAGUCAUUGUCGAAAUCAUUCAAAUGAAAAACCGCAUUCAUGUAAUGUAUGUGGCAAAGAAUUUUCUCGGAAAGGUGAUUUAAAUAGGCAUUAUCGAAGUCAUACGAAUGAAAAGCCUUUUUCUUGUGAUAUAUGCCAUGUAAAAUUUUCGCUGAAAGGUAAUUUGACUAAGCAUUAUCGAAUUCAUACUAAAGAAAAACUCUAUUCUUGUGAAGUGUGCGGUAAAGAAUUUUUUUGGAAAAAUGGUUUGAAGGACCAUCUUCUAACUCAUACAAAUGAAAAAUUUUAUUCUUGCGAUGUAUGCGGAAGAGAAUUUUCUCGAAGAAAGAAUUUGAAAGUUCAUUACCGAACUCAUACAAAAGAAAAAAUCUAUUCGUGUGAUACAUGCAGUAAAGAAUUUUCUUCCGAAUAUUCUUUGAACAAGCAUUAUCGAACGCAUACUGAUGAGAAGCCGUAUUCUUGUGAUGUAUGCAGUAAAAAAUUUACUCGUGAAACUCAUUUAAAUGUGCAUUAUAGAAUCCAUACACACGAAAAACCCUUUUCCUGUAUUGUAUGCAAUAAAGAAUUCGCCCAGAAAGGUAUUUUAAAUAGGCAUUAUCUAACACAUACUGAAGAAAAACCCUAUGCUUGUGAUAUAUGUGGUAAAAGAUUUUCUUUGAAAUAUAAUUUUAAUGACCAUUAUCUUAUUCAUACAAACAAAAUAUCCUAUUUUUGUGAUAUAUGUGGCAAAGCUGUUUCUCAAAAACGUUAUUUGAAUGACCAUUAUCGAGCGCAUGCAAAUCGAAAAUCCCAUAAAUUGCAUACUGAUGAAAAGCCGUAUUCUUGUGAUAUAUGCUGUAGAAAAUUUUCUCGUGAAAGUCAUUUAAAUGACCAUUAUCGAAUCCACACACACGAAAAACCUUUUUCUUGUAUUGUAUGCAGUAAAAAAUUCACUCGGAAAUGUAAUUUAAAUAGGCAUUAUCUAACACAUACUAAUGAAAAAUCCUAUACUUGUGAUAUAUGCGGCAAAGGAUUUUCUUUGAAAUGGAAUUUGGCUGACCAUUAUCGAACGCAUGCAAAUUGAAAAUCUCAUUCUUGUGAUGUAUGCCACAAAGCAUUUUUUCGCAAAUAUGAUUUGAAUAAACAUUAUCAAAUCCAUACAUAAGACAAAGCUUAUUUUUGUAUUAUAUGCAAGGAAGGAUUUUUUUGAUAGAAAUAGUUUGAAGAAGCAUUAUGGAACUCAUACAAACCAUAAACUGUGACUUUGUGUUUUAUAUAUCAAAGCAUUUUCUCAAAACUUUGAUUUGAAGAGACAAUCGAAUCCAUGCAAAAGAAAGAUUAUUUUUGGAAUG